AUGGAAGAGGGAAAUCAGUCUGAAGUCUCAGAGUUCAUCCUCCUGGAUCUUUCAAACCAGCCAGAACAACAGAGGCUCUUGUUCUUCUUGUUCCUCCUUAUGUACCUGAUCACAGGGCUAGGGAACUUGCUCAUCAUGCUGGCUACUAGCUCUGAUUCCCAUCUCCACACCCCCAUGUACUUCUUUCUCAGUAAUUUGUCCCUAGUGGACAUCUGCUUUACCUCCACUACCAUUCCCAAGGUGCUGAAUAAUCACAUAUGCAGAAACAGAACAAUACCUUAUGCUGGGUGCCUGACACAAGCAUUUUUCUUCAUUUGGUUUGGGGGGAACAAUAGCCUUCUCCUUGCUAGCAUGGCUUACGACCGCUAUGUGGCUAUUUGUAACCCACUACACUACAGCACAGUCAUGACUCAAAAGGUCUGUGCCAUUCUAGUACUAAUUUCUUGGUCUUGGUCCUACAGUAAUGCCCUGGUACACACCAUAUUGUUGACUCAACUCUCCUUCUGUGGCCACAAGGAAAUUCCUCAGUUUUUCUGUGAUCUCAAUUCCUUGUUGAAGUUAGCCUGCUCAGACACCUUCAUCAAUGACUUGAUGGUCUACACAAUGGGAGCACUAACAACAUUUCUACCCUUCAUUGGAAUACUCAUCUCUUAUGCUCACAUUUUCAUGGCUGUAAUGAAGAUCUCCUCUGUGAGUGGGAAGCAGAAAGUUUUCUCCACCUGUGGAUCCCACCUCACUGUCAUUUGUCUCUUCUAUGGGACAAUCAUUGGAGUGUACUUCAGCCCCACAUCCACCCACACAGCCCAACAAGACACAGCAGCAACGGUGAUGUACACUGUAGUCACUCCCAUGUUGAACCCUUUCAUCUACAGCUUAAGGAACAAGGACAUGAAAAGAGCCUUGGAGAUGCUCAUCACUAGAAAAUCAGGAUUCACUCUAUGA